AUGGAACAACAAAUUCAUCAAGCAGUUGAAAUUGCACUUAGUGGUAACGCUGAUGUCAAUCUUAAGAAUCAAGCAUAUGACUUCAUUAAUCAAAUCAAAUCAACCGAAGCGGGAUAUAAAUCAUGCUUAGAAAUAUUAAUAAAAUCAACAUCCCAACCAGUCAACGAAGGAUUGAAGUUCUUUGUUUAUCAAGUCAUUGAUGAAAAUAUUGAUAAAUUAAAUCAAGAACAAUUAUUUUCAUUAAAUUCACAAAUCUUUAAAGUAUUAGAACAAUAUAUUGCCAAUAAUAUUAAAGAUGCUACUCAUUCAAGAAACAAAUUUGCUCAAAUUUUUGCAAAAACCUUUUGUCAUGUAUAUAUUAAUAUCUAUCCCAAAUUUAUAAAAGAUUUGUUUUCCAUGAUUUCCACUAAUAACCAAUUAGCUCUUGAUUAUUAUUCAAGAAUUAUCCUUUCUAUACAUCUGGAAAUUGGUGAUAAAUUCAUUUCAAGAUCUCGAGAAGGUCAAGAAAGAAAUAACUUGUUAAAAGAUGCAAUUAGAUUAAAUGAUAUGGAAUCUUUAGUUAUUAAUUGGUUUAAAAUAUUGUCCAAUCAAAACAAUUCCACCGAAAUUUUAGAAAACACUCUUAAAAUUGUGGGUGCAUAUAUUAGUUGGAUGGAGAUUGGAUUAUUUGUAUCUGCAGAAUAUAUUAAUAUCAUAUUGACAUAUUUAAAUCGAACAGAUGAAAGAAAUGUUACUUGUGAAACUAUAAUGGAAAUAAUUUCUAAAAAAAUGCCACCAAUUAAUAAGUUAGAAUUAAUUACUUUAUUUAAUUUCACUACUGUGAUUACUUCAAUUGGAUUAUCCGAUGAUAUUGAUUUUAUGGAACAUAUAGCGAAAUUAUUAAAUGCAGUUGGAACUGAAUUACUUAUUGUCAUUGAAAAUCAACCUGAUUUAGUUAAUCAAGUGAAAGCAGAAUUAUUUAGAUUAUGGCCAUUAGUUUUCACAUUUUUAAGUCAUGAAUACGAUGACGUAUCACAACAAGUAUUCCCAUUCAUUCAACAUUAUUUAUUGACAUGUAAAAAGAACCCAAUUUUGAAUGAUAUUGAAUUAAUGUCAACUUUGUUAAAUAAAGUAAUAUUAAAGAUGAAAUAUGAUGACGAUGAUUCUGGCUUGGAUGAUGAUGAACAUGAACAAUUUAUGGAAAUUAGAUCAAAAUUGAAAACUUUCCAAGAUACUAUUGCAGUAUUGAACCCUGAUUUAUAUGUUACUGCCAUCCCUAUUGUUAUUAAUGAAUCAAUUUUUAAUGGUGGAGGUAAAGAUAAUGAUUGGAGAAAAUUGGAAUUGGGAUUAUAUGAAUUGAGUAACUUUUCAGAAAGUUUAAGAAACAAUUUAAUUAAUGUUCCUAAGGAUUCAAUUGGUGAAAGUAAACCAUAUGCCAUUUUCCAAGAAUAUUUAAUUAAAUUAAUUAAUUCUGAUUUUAUUACCAAAGUUAACCAUCCAAAGAUUCAAUUGGUAUUUUUUGAAAUUAUUGUUAAACAUUAUAAUUUCUUGAAUCAACAAGCUAAUAGAAUGGAUUUAAUUAUUCGAAUUUUAGAAAUUUUCACGAGUCCUUUAGGGUUAUUUAAUGAAAUUGAAAAAGUCAGACUUAGAAGUUGGUAUUUAUUCUUUAGAUUUAUGAAAUUAACCAAACCAAGAAUAACUAAUGAAUCAUUAGUAGAAGAAAUGAUUGUUAAAUUACAACCAUUAUUAGUUAUAAAAGCAGAAUUACCUACUCGUGAUGAAGAUGAUGAUGUGGUUGAAAAUGGUAAUUUCAAUAAUCAACAAUAUUUAUUCGAAACAAUUGGAUUAUUAAUCUCAUUGUUGUCUGAUCAAUCAUCAGCUCCAGUAAAGCUGAAAUUAUUGGAUAUAAUUUUCCAACCAUUAUUCAAUGACUUGGAAAAUUGUAUUCUGAUUCCAGAACAACAACGAGAAAACCAACCUGUCAUUGCAUUACAAGCCCAUCAUUCCUUAAUGGCAAUUGGAACCGUAGUACGUGGAUAUGAUUAUGAAUUCAAUAUGAAAUAUCCUCCUCAAAUUAUCGAAAAAGUAAACCAAGCAGCAAGGGUGGUUUUAAUUACGUUGGAAAAUUUCCCAAAACAUGAAAUCAUUAGAGACGCAGCUAGAUUUUCAUUUGCGAGAUUCAUUCCAAUUUUGAAAAAUACAAUUAGUGUUCACUUGGCUGAAUUGAUUACUUUAAUUUGGUCAGCACCUAAUUUGCAAUUGAGUGAAUUGAGUGAUUUCCUUGGAUUUUUAGGACAAAUUACUCAUAAUUAUAAAAGUGAUGAAAAUAUUUAUCAAUUAUUAAAUAAUUUCCUUUCUUCAUUAUUUCAUAAAAUAUUUGAAGUAUUAGAUACAAAAACUAGAGAAGAAGAAUUAAUGCCUGAAAUUAUUAGAGAUAAGAAUUUAUUGAAAAAAGCCAUUUUAAAUUUCCUAAGUUCAAUGGUUCUUAAUAAUUGUGCUAGUUUAUUGGUCACCGAAACUAAUAAAGCGGAAUUCCCUGAGAUUAUUGGGAAAUUAUUUGAAUAUUCUUAUGAUUUAUCCGAAACUUCAGUUUCCAAACUUGCCAUCAAUCAAUUAAUCAACAUUGUGAAUGUAUUUGGCAAUGGUGGAAAGAUCACCGACCCUAAAGAUAAAUAUAGUGCUGCAUUACCACCAGUUGAAGGAAUUGAUGAAUUCUUGAUGAAUAAAGUUGUUCAUUUAUCAUUUGAAUUACCAUUUCAAAAACAAGAAUUUGAUGUAAAUGAUGCUCAAUUUAGAUUAAUUGCACAAGAAAUUGCCAUUUUAUUGAAAUCUUAUCAAUUGAAAAAGGGUGAUGUUUUUGUUAAUUAUUUAUCAACAUAUUUGAUGGAUAUGGGAUUAUCACAAGAUUUAAUGAAUGACUUUUGUAUUCAAUUGAAUAAAAAUGAUACCAAGGAUUUUAAGAAAUAUUUCAUUACGUUUGUUACAAGAUUAAAAGGUGGGAAAUAA